AUGUGUAGGUAUUGGCUGGUGGAUAGACGGCAUUGCAAGCUGAAAUGGCAGAAUGCGGUGUUGGUAAUUCGGGAGAAAAUAAACAAUGCAAUCCAGGAUAUGCCAGAGAAUGAGGAGAUCAAACAGCUCCUGUCAGGAUCAUAUAUCCAUUAUUUCCAUUGCUUGAGAAUUAUAGAGAUUCUCAGAGGGACAGAAGCUUCUACAAAGAAUAUUUUUGGUGGUUACUCCUCUCAGCGAAUGAAGGACUGGCAGGAGAUAGUGUGUUUGUAUGAAAAAGACAACGUCUAUCUCGCUGAACUUUCCAGUUUACUCGUGCGAAAUGUAAAUUAUGAAAUUCCAUCUUUGAAGAAGCAGAUUAGUAAGUGCCAACAGCUGCAGCAGGAGUACAGCCGCAAGGAACUGGACUAUAUCAACAACGCAGCCACUUUACGGGAGAAGUUCUUCAUUUCCUGCAAGCAGUUUGGGAUAACGGUGUGUCAGCCUGUAUCUGUUCUCUUGACACGUUGUAUAAUUCCAGCAAAACAAUUAACCAGAUUUUAGGAGAAGAGAAUGUGUAGGUGUAAGUACAGAGAAUGCUGGAGAAACUCAGCAAAUCAGGCGGCAUCUGUGGAGAGAGAAACAAAAAUUAACAUUUAAAUUCCAUUAUGACUGUUAUUUAGAACUGGGUCUGUGUUCCUUUAUGAAGGAAGAUGUAGAUGCUCAGCCAUUUUGAAGUGUGUUAUAGUGCAUUCACUUUGAGCCUGGGUUGUGGCAUAGAUUUCUGGCUUUGCUUAACCUACUGUUAAUUUAGAAGAACGAAACUCUCUCACACAUGCUCUCCAAAGAAGCACUUUGAAAAGUCCUGACAUCAGGCAAAGCGUGGGAGAUAUGUCAGUCC